CAUGAUUCCGAUCUGCACGACGAAUCUCAAAUGCACAUCCACCUAUUCGGCCGUGUAGGUCUGUGUGACGGUGCUGGGUUUUGCAGUACUGUACUGUGUAUGUUGUUGUCAAUGCCCCGCUCCCACUUCCAACUCCAAUUGCCGAUUCCAUCCUGAUGUGUCGGUUUCUUCCCUCUGCAUUCAACUAUAACACGCCUGCCUUGUUGCCCUUGAUUCACUGCGCGCGCAGCACAUUCAUCCAACUGUGCAACUCGGCGCAACGAAGCACAACCCCCCCCCCCAGAACGAACACAGUCGCAGCGGCCAUCACGACAUAGGUAGCGCACGUAAAGGAGAAGUAACUUGCUGUCUUGCCCGGCCGAGUAGAUGCCGAAGUGCGGGAGCAGUAGCGGUUGUUCAUGAUCAUGGUGGUAAUAGCCAUGGAACCUGCAUCACCGCCAACCAAACAUCCCAUCCGAACUCCGCUUCUGUCCUCCGCCUCAGCGAGGAUGGGAGACAGGUCAUACCGGGAAGCGAGUGGCUUCCGCCGGAGGGACACGGAAACAUGCGAGACUACAGUUACAUCUACACUCGCUCCGGACCAGACAUGCUCUACGGGUUCAUCGCACGGCGACCGUGGUCCUUUUUCCAAUAUUCCCCUCCCAACCUCAACACCUGGUUUUGCUCCCUCUCUUCUUGCUCUAGCUGCUGGAUUGGAGACGGUUCUGGCGGAAACGACAACCGGGUGCGGAAAAACAGACCAGCAGGACCCAUCGCUACGGGAAGGCGCAGGAUCAUGCUCUAAAUUAUCAACGGGCUGGGCUCUGUCGGGCUGGAUCUCGGACGCGUUGACCAUCGAUCAGCCUGGAUUUCAACCAUAUAUGCUAUUUGGGGUCAUACUAUCGCUGUAUUUCCUUGGUCUCGCAUAUGCCCUCCGGAACCGCUCUCCGAUAACGUCCACUGGUCGCUUGAAGAGCUCGAGUAUUGUCCUUCCGGCUAUGGCGUUGUUCACGUUCACAUCGCUCUUCCUGCUCACAGCGCUCCAUCUACAUUCGACCUCGGGCUAUCAUGGUUCACCUAGCAAUGCGUGGGAACCUGGGACGCCCGGCCAGGCCGCUGAGCAUGCCCCCAUCUUCACGCUCCCAGCCUCGGCCGACGUGGGCAAGGACGUCCUGCCCAACAUCAGGGACCCCGAGGCCACUGACGCUCAAACAGUAUGCCCCGGCUACAAAGCGUCCAAUGUCCAAGAUACGGAGACUGGCUUCACGGCUGACCUUGAUCUCGCCGGCUCGGCAUGCAAUGUUUACGGCAAUGACGUUGAGCAUUUGGCCUUGUCCGUCCAGUUCCAAGGUGACGACCGCGUCCAUGUCGAGAUCCGGCCUCGCUACAUCAGCCCUGAGAAUGAGACUUGGUUUCUUCUCCCGGAGGAACUCGUCCCGAGACCGUCAGCUGGGUACGGCGACUCUCCUCGUUCCAAUGGCCUGGCCGUGUCCUGGUCGAAUGACCCGACCUUUUCGUUCGCCGUGAAACGCGUCGAGACCGGGGACACCCUCUUCUCGACCGAGGGGAAGGUUCUCGUGUAUGAAGACCAAUUCAUCGAGUUCGUCUCGUCACUUCCGGAAAACUAUAAUCUGUAUGGCCUCGGCGAGGUCCUUCAUGGGUUCCGCCUCGGCAACAAUUUCACAAGAACAUUAUUUGCCGCUGAUGUGGCUGACAGGAUCGACGCCAACCUCUAUGGAAGCCACCCCAUAUAUUUGGACACGAGAUACUUCACCACGGACGACUCGGGGACACUGACCUACGCUCCCGAUGCCACGGACAAGACAGUCAAGUAUCUCUCUUACACACACGGUGUGUUUCUCCGCAACGCCCAUACGCAGGAGAUUCUCCUGCAGCCAUCUGGCAUCACAUGGAGGGCCCUGGGCGGGAGCAUCGAUUUGUACUUCUACAGCGGCCCCGACGCUCAGGAUGUAAUGAGUUCCUACCAACAGUCAACGACUGGGCUGCCCGCUAUGCAGCAGUACUGGACCCUUGGCUUUCACCAGUGCCGCUGGGGGUAUGGAAGCUGGGCGGCGAUGCAGGAGGUGGUUGACAAUUUCGCCAAGUUUGAGAUCCCAUUGGAAACUAUUUGGUCCGACAUCGACUACAUGAGACAGUACCGCGACUUUGAGAACGACCCCGUGCGGUUCGGCUACGACGAGGGAGCCGAGUUCCUGGCCAAGCUCCACGCCAAUGGCCAGCACUACAUCCCCAUCGUUGACUCGGCCAUCUACGCCCCGAAUCCCGAGAACCCCAGCGAUGCCUACCCCCCGUAUGAUCGUGGAAUUGAGGCGAAAGCGUUUGUCAUGAACCCGGACGGUUCUAUCUACUACGGGGCGGUAUGGCCUGGCUAUACAGUGUUUCCCGAUUGGGUGGGCGCUGUUCUAAACGGUAGCGGUGCAAUUAACUGGUGGAUCGACGAGCUCUCGAGAUGGUUCGAGAAGGUUGCUUUCGAUGGGCUGUGGAUCGAUAUGUCAGAAGUUGCCUCGUUCUGCGUUGGUAGCUGUGGCAGCGGGAACCUGACGCUGAAUCCAGCCCAUCCGCCCUUUGACCUGCCCGGAGAGCCCGGAAAUCUCGUCUUGCAAUACCCCGAGGGCUUCGAGCGCACUAAUUCAUCAGAGGCAAUCCCCGCCGCGUCAUCUCUCCGUGCUCAGGAGGCAGCAUCUCCCACCACGGCGAGCCCGACGUCUUACUACCGCACCACACCCACCCCGGGGGAAAGAAACGUAAACUGGCCACCCUACGUGGUCAACAACUUCCACGGCGACCUGGCUGUUCACGCUAUCAGCCCGAACGCAACCCACCACGGAGGCUACGUACAAUACGACUUCCACAACCUCUUCGGCCACCAAAUCCUCAACGCCACCUACCAGGCCCUGCUCAAGAUCUCCAACGACAAACGGCCCUUCAUCAUCGGGCGCAGCACCUUCGCCGGGUCCGGCAAGUGGGCGGGCCACUGGGGCGGCGACAACGAGGCGCUGUGGUCGCACAUGUACUUCAGCAUCCCGCAGGCGCUCUCCUUCUCCAUCUUCGGCGUGCCCAUGUUCGGGGUCGACACGUGCGGCUUCGGCGGCAACAGCGCGCGCGAGCUGUGCGCCCGCUGGAUGCAGCUCUCGGCCUUCUUCCCCUUCUACCGCAACCACAACACCCUCGGCGCCGCCCCGCAGGAGCCCUACGUCUGGGCCGACGUCGCCGACGCGGCCCGCACCGCCAUGCGCAUCCGCUACGCCCUGCUCCCCUACUUCUACACCCUGCUCGCGCGCGCCAACAACCGCGGCCACGCCGUCAUGCGCGCCCUCGCCUGGGAGUUCCCGCGCGAGCCCUGGCUGGCCGCCGCCGACCGGCAGUUCCUGCUCGGCCGCGCGCUGCUCGUCUCCCCCUGCCUCGAGCAGGGCGCCGCCACCGUCGGCGCCGUUUUCCCCGGCGUCAGGGACGGUACUACGGUCUGGUACGACUGGUACACGGCCGCGCCCGUCACGGGCGUCGCGCCGGGCCAGAACGUCACCCUCGACGCGCCGCUGGGGCACAUACCGUUGCACCUGCGCGGCGGCAGCGUGAUUCCGCUCCAGGAGCCUGGGAUGACGACGGCCGAGAGCAGGCGGAACCCGUGGGGGUUGGUGGUGGCGCUGGAUCGGGAGGGGGUGGCUGAGGGUGAGCUGUAUCUUGAUGAUGGCGAGAGCUUGGUGCCGGCGGCGGUUACGUGGGUGCGGUUCGCCGCCACCAACACGUCUAUCUCGGCCGAAAUCCAGGGCGAUUAUGUGGACACCAACACGCUGGGCAACGCCACUGUCAUGGGGCUGACCAAGGGCCCCGUGAGGGUGUGGUUGAACAGUCGUGGGUUGGACUUUGCCAACUGGGAUUAUGACGAAGAGAGGACGGUGCUGUCGCUGCAUGGGCUGAAUGACCUGUUUCCGCAUGGUGCUUGGGCAGAGCGGUGGGAGAUUAACUGGGAGUGAGAGAGUGAGAGGGGGUUUAGGUCUAGGUUGGGUCUAGAUAAUGUUUGGAGUGUGUUUUGGUUUUGUUCGGUUAAGGGGCGCGCGGAAAAGGUAUUGGCCAUGGUAUAGGUAUCCUAAUGAAUGAUUACGGCGUUUUAGUCAG